AUGAGUUCUGCUCCCACAUAUUCCCCCUUGCAGGCGCCUCUGUCGCAGCUCGGGAAACGAACACAUCGCCAUCGGCGCUCGGGCGCCAUCUCCGGCAACUUCGAUGCCGUGGGCCUUGGCCUCUUCUCGCCGCCCUCCAUCCCCAACGCGGCGCGUCAUUCUCCCCAUAGCCUGAACCCAAUCCCGCUGUCCGGAUCGCCCGGAAGCCAUCACCAUCUGCUUCUGUCGCUGAUGCUCUAUGGAUCAGGCGGCGGGAGUGGGGAAGAGUCCGACGUUUUGGACAGACACUUCAACUUCUGCAAUGAGGAAGAUUUCCGGAACAAGCCGGCUGACACAGACUUCGAGUUCCCGAAACGUAUUUCGGAUUUGCCCGCCCUGCCCUUUCUCUCUCCGGCCGCAAUCCAGUCGCCGCUGCGUAGACUCUCUGGAGGGUCUACGUUGCUCAACUCGCCGAUUCGCUUGCGCAACCGUCGGUCCGCCUCUUCCAUGAACGCUACCCCAAAGUUGUUUUUAACUGACGAAACAGUCAUGGAUGAACAUAAUGUGCCCGACGCGCUUAUAGACUUGGAUGAGAUUCUCAAUCCUGGCAACUUGCUGAUUGGUGAUCGGGCUGACUCCUUAAAUGGAGCUGAGCCUCGAUCAUUCCACGAUGAUGGUUUUUUCCAACUGUCUCGCCCGACCUAUUCUCUGCCCCUGACUUGUUUCUCGCCAUUCAGCUCGCCUGCCUACUUGAAGCAGCCAAUCCGCGAGCCAGCAAAUCGGGCCAUAGAAGAGGAGGACGACUCCGAAAUUCCAGCUGCUGAUCUUGUGCCCUGUGCGCCUUCUAUCACAUUUAAUACUCAGCGCCUUAAUUCUCUUUCGGCUCCAGCUACAGCCAGCACUUCGGAGAUGUAUGAGCUCUCGGUGAACUCUUCUAAUACCAGUUUGCCAAGCAUUGAGACCGGCUCUCAACGCAAUGCCUCUGCAACACUACUUGAAAAAUCAGUCUCCAAUUCGUCGCGUGAAUCCACUUUCUCUGGUCCUGGAUUCGCUAGAAGCAGUUCCAUCAAAAGAGCUAGUGGUGCCAUGGCAUCCAGAUAUCAAACGUUCUAUGAUCAAUCUAUUAAAAUAAGCUAUGCGCUCAAGAACACUUCUAAUGAGAAUGUCAACACUCCAAUUCCUAUCAGCACACCUAACCCAGCGUCUCACGAAGGCUUAUAUUAUACUCCUACAAGUCCUCAUUCAUUGACAUUUAACAGCUCCAUCGCCGAGAAUUUGGGUCACUCUAGCAGCAUGCCCUGUCUCAAAGUCAAUGGGCCUACAACGGGUGUACCUCGACACGUUGGGUCAUCCACCGGAAUUUCCGAGAUCCGAGCUCGCGAUGCCAAGUCUAUUCAAGUGCAGCAGCCUGUGCCCAACAAUCAUUAUGGACUAUAUCGGCCUCAAGAUGGACAUAUGCGAAAUAGUCUCGGUUAUAUAGUACACGCGGAACUGCCAUAUCGAAUAAACUCGAAGUUGGGUCUGUAUGUUGAGACUGCAUCACUCCCUGUCCACAGUCAUUAUGGCAACUCGUCAAGACAAAGAGAGAGAGACGACAGGAAGGCACUUGCUGCGCAAAGCUCAGCAAAAACGUCAUUAACGGAAAACUCGCAAAGUCCUUCUAGCCUCUAUUCUGAAGGCGUGUCUACAGUCAGCACAGCGGGAGAUCAUGGGACAGACCACUCAUCUCUUGCCUCGCAACCUGAACUCAUGCAUGGCGCCUCCAAGGCUGAUCGCGCAAUGUCAAGAAGUGUUACUCCUGUUAUUGUCGUGGAAAGUGUCAAUGCCACACCACUGUCAUAUGUCGAUCAUGAAAAACCUCCUCCAAGAGUGACUACACCAGUGUUAAGGAGUACCGAGCAAAUGAAACCCGCCAUUUCUAAUCGAUCAGAUGAGCAUAUUUCACCUACUCACAAGAAGAUUUUGCAAUCUACACAGAUACCCUCGUAUAGCCCUUCCAGGCGAAAGCCGAGGCUAUCCAAGAAAUCGGAGAAACCGAAGACAUCAAGCUCAAGUUUGAGUUCUCGUUCGUCAGUGCUGACUGAAAAAAACGCAGGUAAAGAGCACAAAAGAACUGGCUCUGGUCAUAGAUUGCUCUCCAACUGGUUCCGGAAAUGUGCAUGA